UCCUGUUAGAGUUUGUGUCUAUAAGGAAUAAUUUCAUCUUCAUCAAAUCGUUUUAUAAUCUUUAUUUCCUAAGCUUAGAAGUACUAAAGCUUUCUACGGGAAUAAAAACACAGGUAUUGAUGACGUAGUACACAUCAACAUCUGUAGUACAUUUUGUGGAAGAAGACGACGGAGGUUGCCACGUUAGAGCUUCAACUUUGGCUGCGAAAUGCCGAGUAACGAGGGCCACCAAGGCAACAGGGACAGGAAACUCGUAUCAGGACCUUCCCUGGUACACUCUUUUACCAGAUUUAUCAACAAGAGCGAGCGCUGUGCGGAUAUAAUCUGGAUUGAUUACGAAGGGAAGCGAGUGACUUACACCACCGACCUAAGACCUGGCGAGUAUUUCGAUGUAAACACCUUCGUAGGACACCCGUGGAUUUUUAGAGACAGUCUGGCCAGAGACAAGCUGACGGUCAGGAGUAAGGAGAUUUACUUCCCCACACCGUGGAACGGGGACUGGCCACCACAGAGGACAAUCAUCAACAUUGGCAUACCAGUGUACACAUUGCGGGAGCGCUGCUCACAGGUCAUCAGGCAGCUGGUGCCAAGGUCGCAGUAUGACCUUCUGGAGAUUCCCAAGACUCUGAAAUUUGAGCUGGAAGGAGUGGAUGACGCAAUAAUCAUCUCAUGAAGACAGGAUAACUCAAUAACGUCCUGUCUAUUUCCGAAUGAUGGAAACAUGGAGUUCCGACAACACCCUGUGCGUACCGAACAGUGAAGACAGGAUGUCUGUAACUACUAGUACGUCCUUUAUAUGCCGAAUGAGGAAAUCAGCGCCCUAGAUCUGCACCUUGAUGCCAACGAGGACACGAAUACUUUUGAAUAUAGUUUUCUUAUGUACACAAAAUUAUUUUUCUCCUAUAAAAAUGUAUCAAUAGGCUGUCUGCUGUCUUCAUCAUGUAAAAUAGUAUUUGUGCUAACAGUGCUUUAGUGAACUUAUCCUGUCAGUGCAAAGUAAAAUUGACCUAUUGUAGCGUAAUUGCUGACAAGAACGUGUUCUCUAACAUAAAUGUCAUUACUUUUACUUCUCCUUGACACUUAGUGACGAAACAGUGAGGAUGUGAUCCCAAACAUGACACAAGUACUACUCAAGAUAUGAUUUGAACCAUAUGUAAUCGGUUAAGGUAUAGUGAUCCAUCAGCAUUUGUAUUGUUUGCUUGAUAUCGUAUCAAUAACCAUCAUGUAUAAGAUGACAAUAGUAAUUAAGUAUUUCAUUUGGACAAAUGUACACUAGAUGUUAGCGUAGUUGUUUCCGAAGUCAGUUGGAUUCCAGGAAAAUUGGGUUGGAAGUUAAAACUUCUUUUUGGAAGUUAUGAAGAUGACAAAGCUUCUGCACUUGUGUGGACUGAAGAUAGUUUUCUGUGGAAGUACAAGGAGCGAUUGUUGCGAGCGAUUGUUACACAAGUGACUGGAUAGAGUGAUUGACUAUUUAUAAAUUCUAUCCAGUUGCUUGAGUAAGUGGUACCUUGCACGGAGUAAUGAUGAAGCAAAUCUACUAGUAAGUCCUUUUUGGCGACGCCUCAGGGAUAGAGGCAUUUGUGAUAGAAUUAUGAUCCCUUGAAUAUAAUACAAACUCCCACCCAAAGUUUUACUACUACAUGAAGUAGCCAUAUGCCAAAAAAGCAGUUACUCAUGACAAGCAGCUGGUUAUGAGUUUGGAAAUGGUCAGAAGUUUUUAUUGAUGAUCUAUGAUUAUAACAUGGAGUUACAGCGACAAAAUAUGAUGAUGAUAACAUAAAAAAGUUUUUCAAGGGGUCAAAAAAUCUGCAAAAGUGUUAGUCUUACUGCAUGACUUUGGAAUGUCAGCCCACCGAUGUUCAGGCAAGUACUUGUAUGUUCCAGACCUUCUCAUUGCAUUAACUUAUACUUUCCUGAUGUUGAAAUCCUCACAAAUAUAUCCAGUACAGAGCAGUUAUAAGAGUGUGGGUGUCAUUAUAGUGUUUGUUAAGUUCUCAGACUUGUAUAAGCACCAACAUAUUAUAUGAGAUACUACAGUCAAACCUGUCAAAAAACACCCCCCAAGAGGACCAAUAAAGUCUGGUCUUUAUGGACAGGUGGACAGACACUUAUGAUAAACAGGAUUUUUAAUGCUCGUGUCAAUGGUGAAAAAUCCAAGGAACCACCAAAAAGUGGUCACAUUGGCCAGGUGUCAGUAGACGUGGUCACUUGUACGGGUUUGACUGUACAUAGAUUCUCUAGGUGUCCAGGUAAAGCUGAAGACAAACAACUAUGUUACCUGGCAAGAAUGUAUCAACGAGGUAUACAAUGUACAACACCAGUGUGGCUUAAAAUACAGGUCAAUUGUCUAGGUCAACUGUAAGAGUAUAAAGUAUUCUUGCCAAUGAAUUGUUACAUUGUAUCAUAUUGGACAGAAAGUGCAGUCAUUGAUUUUUUUUCUCAAGAAAGAUAUUGUGUGCUUCUGUUCUUGAAAUGAGAAGUAAAUGAUUAUUCGAGCAA